AUGGAUUUGUUCAAAUCCAAGAUCGAGAACCUGGAGGAGCACCUCAAAGAAACCCGCAUCGAGGAGAAGGCUUCCCACUUCAAGCACAAAGUCGGCAAGUUUUUCAACAUUGUCAACCCCAACCACCGUCACGAUGAGGCGCACGAGAAGGCCACCGACGCUAAAAGAGCGACCAUUGCGGAAUCCCACCGCUUCAAAUCAUUCGCUCCCAUCCGCGAGGGAAACAAGGUCAAGUGGUACGUCGAUGCGCUAGACUACAUGUGGGCGGUCUCAAUCGCCCUAGAGGAGGCCAAGGAGACUAUCUAUAUCGCCGACUGGUGGCUUUCCCCCGAAUUGUUCCUCCGGAGACCCCCGUUCAUGGCGCAGGAAUGGCGCCUGGACCAGGUCCUCAAGCGUCGCGCGGAAGCGGGGGUGAAAAUCUACGUGAUUGUGUACAAAGAGGUGAAUCAAGCAUUGACCUGCAACUCCGCCCAUACCAAACACGCGCUUCGCAAUCUUUGUCCCGAGGGAACCCCCGGCCACGGAAACAUUAGGGUCCUGCGCCAUCCGGAUCAUAACAUUUUCGAAAACGCCGCCGACAUGACCCUGUACUGGGCUCAUCACGAGAAGUUCAUUGUCAUUGACUACGCAUUGGCUUUCAUCGGAGGUAUUGAUUUGUGUUUUGGCAGAUGGGAUGCGCACCAGCAUCCUUUGGCCGACGUUCAUCCGUCGAACCUGCGAAACGAGAUCUUUCCCGGGCAGGAAUUCAACAACAACCGUAUCAUGGAUUUCCAGAGCGUGGGCGAUUGGCAGGCCAAUGAACUCAGCAAGGCAGACUACGGUCGAAUGCCCUGGCACGACGUGGCCAUGGGUGUGAUGGGUGACUGCGUGUAUGACAUUGCAGAGCAUUUCGUCCUCCGGUGGAACUUCAUCAAGCGAGACAAGUACAAGCGGGACAAAAACGUUGACUGGCUGAUGCUUGAGGGUCGCCUUGAUGAGGACGAGGAUUUGGUUGCGGUUCAGCGUCCAAAGUUCCCUUGCGGCGAAUACCUUCAACAUCCUCUCUCCCCCCUUGAUACGAAACCACUCGGCCAACAAGGCUUUGCACGAGCGCAGAUUGUGCGCAGCAGCGCCGACUGGAGCAGUGGAAUCUUGACCGAGCACAGUAUCCAGAAUGCCUACAAGGAGAUCAUCAGCCAGGCUCAGCAUUUUGUCUACAUUGAGAAUCAAUUCUUCAUCACUGCCACUGGAGACCAGCAGGCACCGAUCCUUAACACCAUCGGCCGUUCCAUUGUUGAUGCUGUUGUCAGAGCUGGCAAGGAAGGAAGAAAGUUCCGGGUGAUUAUUGUCAUCCCAGCCAUCCCUGGAUUUGCGGGAGAUCUCCGGCAAAAUGCAGCAACAGGCACACGUGCCAUCAUGGACUACCAGUACAAAUCGAUCCUCCGCGGAGAGCACUCGAUCUUUGGUCAAAUCGCCGCCCAGGGCGUAAAUCCCCGAGAGCACGUCUUCCUAUUCAACCUGCGUGCCUACGAUCGUAUCAACAAGACUCCUGCCCUACUCAAGUUGGAGUCGGAGGCCGACGUGACUUACAACGAUAUCCAGCGUGGAAUCGCAGAGUCCAUCAUGAGUGACAGUGUCCACCCCGCUAUCGGCAAAGAGGGUGACAAGCACGAAGUCGGGUAUGAGGACGCGCAGCAGGAGAAGGAAAUUCGUCUCGCACGACUGCGCAAGUACGAGGAACAACACGAGCGUUUCACAGAGCUUGAAGGCCUCAAAGGCAGCGACACUGUUGCCCACACCACCAUGCUCAACGGUGGCAAGAUGUCCGACGAGCCCUGGGAAGGACGCCCGGAGGAUGAGUUGGAGAAUUUUGUGCAAGAAGAGCUCUACGUGCAUGGGAAGGUGUGCAUUGUAGAUGACCGAGUCGUCAUCUGUGGUAGUGCCAACAUCAACGAUCGAUCCCAAGUUGGCUACCAUGACAGCGAACUCGCCAUCGUGGUUGAAGACCAAGACUUCAUCGGCAGCACCAUGGACGGUAAACCGUACCGGGCCGCCCGCAUGGCUGCCACUUUGCGCCGCCAGCUCUGGCGCGAGCACCUUGGCCUCCUCCCCGUCCAGGACUACGACGCUUCUCAGCACCCCAAUGCCAAGCCCCCAUACCAGUGCAUGAACCACAUCCUCGAGGGGCCCGAAAACGACUUCGUCACGGACCCCAUGAGCGACGAGCUCUGGGAGAUGUGGACCGGCCGAGCCACCGUCAACACCGAUAUCUACCGAAUGCUGUUCCGCGCCGACCCUGACGACAAAAUCCGCACAUUCGAGGACUAUGAUAACCAUUGUCCUCGCGGGACAAAACAGGGCCACUUGUUUGACCCCUACCAACCGAUUGAGGAAAUACGAGCGAAGUUGGACAAGAUCAAGGGGCAUUUGGUCUGGAUGCCGCUGGAGUUCCUGAAGGACGCCAACAUGGCUGAGCCUGGAUUAGCGGUGAAUCAGAUCACAGAGAGCAUCUACACCUGA